AUGGCCCAACAACAAGUGAAAUUCCAGCAAGAUACCGAAAAGUUCAUAAUGGAGACAAGAGGAGGAAUGCAGAAUGUAAAUUCCCAACUGUCGCAUCUUGCCCAAGCGGUAGCCAGACUUGAGAGCAAACAAGGGGAACUCCCUUCCCAAGUGGAGGUCAAGAAAGUGAACGCUAUGACACUUAGAGGUGGAAAGGAAUUACCCGAGGUUGUUAGAAAGAAAAGUCAAGAGGAACCAGAGGUUAGCGAGGAGGUCGGAAUGGGAUCGGCAGAUGAGGAAGAACUUGCCCGAGAAAGAGAAGCCAAGAGAAAAGCAACAGGGAAGGGCAAAGAGAAAUUAAACCAGGCUGAACCCAUACUCCCUUUCCCAGGAAGAAUGGCCAAGGAACAAGAAAAGGAAGAACUAACCGAACUGGUGAAAAUCUUCAAAAAGGUGGAGGUCAAUAUGCCCCUUUUGGUCGCGCUACGCUCUAUGCCCAGAUGUGCGAAAUUUCUCAAGGAACUCUGCACUCGGAAGGUCAAAUACACUGAUGAUGCAAAAUUUCAAGUGGGCGAGUCCGUGUCUGCGGUCUUACAAAGAGAUAUGCCCAUAAAAUGGGGGGAUCCUGGCAUGUUCUAUAUCCCGUGUGUAAUAGGAACCAUAAAGGUGGAGAAGGCAAUGCUCGACCUAGGGGCAUCCAUAAACGUUAUGCCUUUAUCCAUGUAUCAGGACUUGGAGAUAGGACCACUAAAGCCUACCCGAGUGGUGAUUCAACUGGCAGAUCGGUCAAACGUUUAUCCAGAAGGAAUAUUGGAGGACGUUCUGGUCAAAGUGGAUGAACUAAUUUUCCCAGCGGACUUCUACAUUCUUGACAUGGGAAAGUCAAAAGCACGCGAUCCAGUUAUGCUUUUGGGAAGGCCAUUUCUUAAGACUGCCAGGACACGCAUCGAUUGUGAUACGGGAAAACUAACAUGUCAGUUCAAAGGAGAGACAGUGACUUUCGACAUAUACAACGCCAUGAAACAUCCAGCUGAUACCGAGAUGGUGUAA